AUGGGGCUCGAGCCGUAUUUGGCGGCCAAAAAACCUGGUGUAAAUUCAGAAGCGUUAGCGGCGCGGGCCAUACCCUGGCUUUUGCUUGCAUAUCAUCAGUUCGGUCUCUGGGAGAUAGAGCGCAGAGCCAACGUAUUCAUCGGUGAGAGAUUUGGAGUUCCCAAAUUGCAGAAAAUUUGUGAUUUAUGGGCAGGGAAGGACUCGCUGGAGCAAAGUGCUACACUCUUCAGACCCAAAUUAAUAGUUGCUGGUGCAAGUGCUUAUGCUCGCUUGUAUGAUUAUGCACGGAUUCGAAAGGUUUGUGACAAGCAAAAAGCAGUCAUGUUGGCUGACAUGGCACAUAUUAGUGGAUUGGUUGCUGCUGAUGUCAUUCCGUCACCAUUUAAGUAUGCAGAUAUAGUUACAACAACGACCCACAAAUCACUUCGUGGGCCACGUGGAGCUAUGAUCUUCUUCAGGAAGAAAGUAAAAGGGACCAAUAAACAAGGACAAGAAGUGAUGUAUGACUAUGAAGACAAAAUUAAUCAAGCUGUAUUUCCCGGACUUCAAGGUGGACCCCACAAUCACACUAUAACUGCCUUAGCAGUUGCACUGAAACAGGCUACGACUCCAGAAUACAAGGCAUAUCAAGAGCAAGUUCUCAGUAAUUGCUCAAAGUUCGCAGAUACUUUGCUAGAGAAAGGCUAUGAACUUGUAUCUGGUGGAACUGAUAACCAUCUUGUCUUGGUAAAUUUGAGAAACAAGGUAUUGAUGGCUCCAGAGUUGAAAAAGUUUUGGAGGCGGUGCACAUUGCUGCCAAAAAAUACUGUUCCUGGGGAUGUAUCUGCCAUGGUGCCCGGAGGCAUUCGAAUGGGAACUCCAGCUCUGACAUCAAGAGGAUUCGUUGAACAAGAUUUCGUUAAAGUUGCUGAGUUCUUUGAUGNUUUGAGUUUUGAUUACUUCAAAUUGAUUGUUUUGUUGGGCAAUUUAGUAACUCUGGCUCUGACAUCAUGGGCAUUUGUUGAACAAGAGUUCGUUAAAGUUGCUGAGUUCUUUGAUGCAGCCGUGACAGUGGCCCUGAAGAUCAAGGCUAAUACAAAUGGAGCAAAGUUAAAGGACUUUGUGGCGACAAUGAAGACAGAAGCUUAUCAAUCUGAUCUAUCAAAGACUGAAUCAGGCCUGAUCUUCAGACGAGAUUCGAUGCAUGAGAGGCAUUUUGACACUGGCAGUGGCAAGGAAGGUUUGACAGCUUAG